AUCUUUGUUACGCAGACGGGAAAGUUUCCAGAUUUUUUUUCGCAACGCUCCCUUCUCUCCACUCUCACGCCAGUUUUUAGGCAUUUGCUUUCGCUUUCCACCCGGCCCCUCUCACUUUCCCCUGUCAGCGCUCGAAGCUCUACCGCUGCCCACCGAGCUGUCUCCACCGCCACCUCUCCGCCUGCCGCCGUUGGCCCAUCUCGAAGAGAAGGAUAGAGAAAAGGGGGAGAAGAAGAGCCACAGAGUCGCAAGAGAUUAGGACAACUAUCACAAAUCAGCAGAAUGGAACGAACUGAGACACCUUGCAUAGUUCAAGCUCUACCAGCCUCCAAUAAGAAGGACAAGGAAUCACUUACAAAGCCAGUCACUGUUGAAGAUAAAGAAUCACCAUUAAAGCUAGAAAGCACCACUAACAGUCCUCAGACACCAUCAAGUUCUCGCUUUACUCGCUCCCAGGCUGCUCCGGACUGGACCACACAUGAAAUGCUGGUUCUUGUUAGCGAGAUUGCUGCUGUGGAUGAGGACUGGGUUAAAGCUCUCUCUUCAUAUCAAAAAUGGAAGAUGAUAUCUGACAACUGCGUGGCUUUUGAUGUCAUCAGGUCUUCUAACCAGUGCAAGAGGAAAUGGGAGUCGCUGCUUGCUGAUUAUUGGAGGAUCAGGGACUGGGAGUCCAGAUGCGGAGUGGGUUCCUAUUGGUGCUUAGAGGGUGAGAAGAGAAAACAAUUUGGGCUUCCAGCUUUGUUUGACGAAGAGGUAUUUGAUUCAAUGGAUGCUGUUAUUAAAGCACAGGAGACUCAAUCAAGCUCAAGGGAUAGUGAUUCAGAAGGCCUUGUUGGUACAGCUGAUGUUCAAAUGGCUGAUGGUGAUGACGAUUUAGGUUCUGGGGAGAAAGAACCUAACGAGACUUUGACAAACACAGAUAAAGGACGAGAUAUGGCCAUGAAGCUGCAGGAGGAUGCUCAACAUAUACAUGCCAUACUGAAAGGAGAGCUAGAGGAUAGUUCUAGUCAGGUUCGUGCUCCUGUGGAUUUGACAAAACCUAAUGCUAUAGAGACCGAGUUCACCAGGCGACAAGCCAAUGAGCUCAUCAAGGCUUUUGGGAGCCUUGUAAGCACUCUUAAUCAGUUUACUGAGCUGAUCAAGGAUGGUGAAUGUGAAGGAAUUAAACCCGUAACUUCAACGGCACAGUGAUCCAGUUCUUUUCAUGAAGUUUUGGCUGUUUGAGCUCCUAUCUUCAUGAAGGCCUUCUAACAAAAUGCAUAGGUGCAAUGGAUCGAUCACUAUCGCACUGGCUUCAGAUCUCUGUCUGGAGCACUAAAGUGGGGAUGGUGAAACUUAUCAUAAGAGAAACUAAGGUAGACAUACUAUGCUUUUUCCACUAGAAAGAAGAUCUGACUCUUGAGAACCUUCAUAUUUCCUGCUACCUUCAUCUGGUUGCUAUAGCGCUAUCAUCAAUGUCAAAAAAUGCAAAGUAUUUGUGUGAGGGCGGUAACUGAAAGCAAUAGCAGGAGCUGUCUGCAAUGAGGAGGCUAGUUAUCAGGAGGCCUGGCAAUGGCCUAGGUGAGGGAGCUGCUGUAACCUCUUGUCAUCUUGGUUACUUUCUUUAUUAAGACCUACCCUCGACUGCCAUAGGGCACUGUUAAAGUAAUUAGAAUCCUCUCUUGUGCUGCUUUACCUUCUAUUAAUAGAUUUUUUAAAUCUUAAUGCAAGCUUUGCCGCACUGAAAAGAACUUUCAUGAACAGAUGAACUUGUAAAGCUUUCAGACUUUUUCUUGUCUUCUCUAGAAAGCAAGGGCGAGAAGCCAUUGAUUUCUUCA